AUUUUCCGUCCGCAGAUGUCGAUGGCUGUGCUGAAGUAUUUCUCGAGUUUCCGACAGGGCGAGUCAAAGUCCCUCUCCUCAUCGUCUUCGGGACCGAACCUCCGAUUCAGGAAGAGCAAGUCCCAAAUGUUGCUGUCUUCGAACUCUGACAGAUCCGGGAAACACGUUACCAAGAUGUCUGCCACGCAUUUAAACUGCUGGUGGAUGUGUCUCAAUUCGCACACGGAAAAGAGUCCAGCCCAGCUCAUCUGAGGGUCGCCAGGAGCCACUUCGGCUUUGCGUUUCUGCCGCUGUAGCGUCCUGUUGUGGCAGGUGACAGCGAACUUGCACUCGAUGACGUUCCACUGGACGAUGAAGCCCAGCUUAAACGUCUCGGCUUCUUCAAAUAUGUUAGUUUUAACGGCUACCCAGCCCUCCAGACUGUCCAUCCGCUCGAUUUCUACGUUGUUCAUCUUGAAAAGAAGUCUUUCACUUUGGCCUCCGAGAAGCUGCUGGCUCUGUUUACAACGUCCGCCAUUUGCGUGACGUAAGCCGCCUUCAGGGACCUCGGGCAUAUCCAGAACUGUGGAGAAACUGGUCAUGAACGGUUUUACAAAUGGAUUAAUCUGGUGUUGUUGUCACGUUUAUUGAUAAAUGUCGCACAUUAGUUAAGAAACAUAAGUACAGCACCACUCCGAGUGUUGGUUACGGUACGUGUAUCGCCUCAUCUUGCUUUUCGUGUUCAGCGGGUCAGUGUUCCUUCAUUCCUAACGUCAAAGCAACAGUUAUGGAAAAAGUGCUAGCUUUGGAUUUUGAUUACUGAGGUACCUAAAGAGCACGCGGGGGCUCCAUCCGGAUAUUUCUGAUGCACAAAAGCCUUUAAAUGACCUAGUUGGGAGUUUACGAGGAGCCCUGAAGGCACCAUAAUGUCCCCUGUAUUGUGUUCAACUUCGACCUUUAAAUCACAUGUUGGGGGAAUUCCACCUCCUUAUCGCAAUAAAUGAAAGCUGAAACCGGUUUCAAUGUUUACAGUGUAAACAAAACUGAUGCCUAUAAUUAGUUUAAAUUGUAGGCCUACGUUGUUGUUUUUUUAAUAAAUAAAUAACUAACUUCCAACAUUGAUGUUUGGCAUGCCUGUGACAUUUGAGCAAUCCGAGUCGGUCUAUUUCUGUCACAGCUUCUGGGUGAGAGUUGGUUACAGCUGCUUGCUGAGCUGGUUUGUCGGAACACCACUGUUGGCCUGAAAUGGCUGUUUAGAACAGACUGGGUUGCUGAAGUAUCGAGUCCCUCUCAUGGACCUGUAUGAGAUCAGAGGAGGCAGACUGGAUGUGAUAGCAGAGGAAGCUGAGCACCAGGAGUUAAGCAGAGAGUCGACCACCAUGGCAGACAGAGGAGCGAGGGCGACCCGAGGAGUUUCCACCUUCCAGAGGUCUUCUGUUGGCACCAACGAGUCCCUUACCUUUGAACUCUGGGAGGACAGCCUUCCGUCUCCCACUGGGGCACAAGAUGGACAUGAUGAUGUGUUUAAAGAGGGAGAAACUGAGAGUGAGAUCGUAACGACCAGGAAUCGUCUGCAAGGGAAGGUCGCUGAGAUGGAGAACUUUGCAAGUCAUCUGGAGGAGAUCUUUCUCACUGUGGAGGAGAAUUUUGGCCGUCAGGAGCAGCACUUGGAGCAGCACUACAACGACGUGCUACAGACGUUGUCUCAGCGAUACGACGACAGGGCGGCUGGACUGGAGGAGGAGAAGAAGGGCAAGAUGGAGGCCCUGUACAAGCAGCUGCUGGCUUGUGGUCAGGCGAUGGAUGCCUCCAAGGAGCUGAUUGAGACGGCCCAGGAGGUCUACCGCAGCCAAGACAAGAGGCUUUUCCUCAAGGCAGUUAGUCCCACCAUCAAAAGAAUCGAGGAGUUUGCCAUAGAGCAGGUUGACCUCACGCUGUCUACAAGUCUCGAGUUUGACACCCCACUUGCUGACCUGUCAGAUGUCAAAACCAUGAUGGACUCCAUCAACGUUGUCCCAGCUCCGUCUGCCCCGGUCAUCAACCCGCAGAUGCCCAACUCUGCCACCCAGACGUCCCUGCGUGUGUGCUGGAGCUUGUUCUCCGACGACACGGUGGAGUACUAUGAGCUGUACUACAGACCAGUGCUGGAGGACACGCCAGCAGACAGCACCUGUGCACCACAUGUGAGCAAGGUAAAAGUGAAGGAGACCCACUGCGCAGUGACAGAUCUGCUGCCGAAUGCUCAAUAUGAACUCUGGGUGACUGCGACCAACACCACAGGCAUCAGCCCAGCGAGCGAGAAGACCUUAUACAUGACAGUGCCGUCGCCUCCAGUGAUCAAGCAGAGGGAGUGCACUAGCUGUCCAGAGGCUGCUCUGAUCCGCUGGGAGUCGGGGAACACCAACCCUGUGGACUCUUACACUGUGGAGCUCAGUGAGAUGGGCACUGAUGGCGCAGAGAGCGGCAUUGCUGAGUCGGUAGUAGCCGUGCCCACCUGUCAGUGUCUGAUCCAGCUGCAGACAGGCCGCCGUUACCUCAUCUCUGUGAGAGCAGUCAACAUCGGCGGGCCCAGCGACAGGAGUGACGUUAUUACUGUGUCCACAACAGGCACAUUCUUCUACCUCCUGGAGGACACCGCCCAUCCUUGCCUGUCCAUCUCUGAAGACGGCUUCACCGUGUUUUAUGGAGACGAGGAGCUGCCAAUUAGCGCCAUGGCCUUAGAUGAUAACACUUUUACCAGGUGUGUAGCUGUCCUGGGGGAUAUGAUCCCAGUGAGAGGCCGGCAUUACUGGGAAGUUGAGGUGGACGAUGGGACGGAAUUUAGGAUUGGAGUUGCGUCCGUGGACACAGAGAGGAACUCGUACCUCGGAGCCAACAACACCUCCUGGUGUAUGAGACACAUUCUCACUCCAUCCAGGCAUAAAUAUGAGUUUCUGCACAACGGCUGGAGUCCUGACCUGAGGAUUACAGUGAACCCAGUGCGGGUAGGAGUGGCUCUGGACUACGAGAGGGGGACGCUGUCCUUUUUUAAUGUGGAUCUGGAACAACACCUGCACACCUUCCAAUGUCACUUCCAAAAUUAUGUCCACCCCUGCUUUGGCCUGGAUAACCCCGGAGCUCUCACUGUACACAACCGCAUCGAGGCUCCCGAGUAUUCAUUCAUCUAACGCCAGCAACCAGAUCCACAUUUGACCUGGAAUAAAACCUACGGCCGGAAGGAAGUGAAUUAACUGGUUUUAUUACUUACCAACUUCUUCGGUAGUAGCCCCAAUUAAGAAAACUAACUCUCUGAACACCCAAACUCCCUCAACAGUACGUGUGGAAUCCAAAGACCAGGGACUUUCAGGUGUUUUUAUUAUAGUAUUCCAUGGGAACAGGCAGACACCAUUUUCCAAGAUAAGAAAAACAUUUCACUGAAUUUUACAAUAUGUAUUUAUAAUAUCAGUAACUGCAGCAGACCAAGUGUUUGAAUUCAGACAGGAUAGAAGGGAAUUGUAUUUGUAUCAACAAGACGCUUUUGAAAAUGAAAAAAAGUUUUAAUAAAAAUCCCUUUGGAGACAUUAUUCAAUUGUAUUCACAUCUUAAAAAGGAAGAACCCACCCUGAAUACCUCCACACUGUUAAAAGUGAAUAGUUAAAUAUAUUUUGUUAACGGAAGAUGUUUCUGCAUUUAAGACAUUAAUAAGUGCAUGUUAUAGAGUCAGAACCUGAAAAUAAAAAAGGGCUUCUACCAAGUCCGUAAUAACACAAGGGAGAAAAACAGUACCCAAAAAAAAAAAAACGACUUGUUCCUCAAAAUGUCCCAAUUAGCAGGACGCCACAAGUUGUGCGGCAUCUUAAGUCAUGUGGCUACACACGCAUGCACAAUGCCUAGUUGGCAGGCCCUCUAUUUUAACAGCUGCUAUAUAAAUGGGCAUAGAUUUAAAUUUUCCCAUGGGGAGAAAAAUAAAUAGAAUAGAAAGCAAAAGCUACACCAGAAUAAGUAAAUAAAAACCUUUCCCCCAUAAGAGUCCAGGAAAGCACCAAACAUCAGAAACUGGUGAUAAUUCAAAGACUA